GCGCCUGUCUCCGCCGCCCCGCGCCUCCCGCCCUCUCGCCCCGCCGUGCGUGCGAACUGCCGGGUCGGGCCGGGUCGGUCCAAGCCGGCGGCGGAGUGUCGUGGACCUUCCCCGCCCAGUCUCCAUUCCGGGCCGGAGCGCUGCCGCAGCCGCCGCCGCCGAGCCCCGCACGCCGCCGCCUCCACUGUGCUCCGCUGACGUGCUGCUAGUGGUACUGUGCGCUCUGCGAGCAUCCCGACUCGCUGACCAGUGAGCAGCCGGGAGGGGAGCUGACCACCACGCCCGGAUCGUAUCGCCGGGACCGGCUGAACAAAGGCACGUUCCGUCGUCAACAUUCUCCAAAAUGAGUUCGCUGCGAGUCCCCGUGCUCCUGCUGCUGCUCGCGCUGCUGGCGGCGUGCUCCGUGGCCGCGGAGACGUCAUCGACGACCACUAGUGCAAAGACUUCAUCGACGACCACCACCGCGCUGACACCCGAUGCGCCCUCGAACGCCACCGAGGAAGUGGAGGUAGGAGAACGGCGCCGGCGGCCGGCACACCAGGGCCACCACCACGGCUCAGGGGCGAGUAGUAGUGCCGGGUCGUUCGCAUCCUCCAGUGACUCGGGCAAGCUAUACGGCGGCGGCGGAGGCUUCAACGGGCAUCACAGUAGUGAGGGAGGGGGCGGGGGCAGCUACAACGGGCAUCACGGUGGUGGAGGAGGGGGCGGGGGCAGUUACAACCAUGGGGGCCACCAGAAGGCGUCCCCUUUGCGCAUGGAGUACGCCUGGAAGAAGAUGGACUUCGUUUUCCCCUCAGACCACGCGCGUAACGACGCCUACCGCUCCGGCAACUACAACUACACCAAAAUCAUCGCGCUUGACGUUGACGUCUGGGAGAAAGCUGGCAGAAAGAAGGUGUUCGUCACCAUGCCCAUAGACAAGGGUGUGCCCGCCUCCCUGGCCACCGUGUCGGCGGAGGGCGACCCGCACGCGCCCCUGCUUGCGCCGUACCCGGACUGGAGCUGGCACCGGAAGGGCGACUGCCGCUCCAUCAGCUCCGUGUACCGCGUGGCGGUGAGUAGAGAGUCUCGUAGAGAGUGCCCCUCCCCUCGGGCCUCCCAGCGCAGCGCACAGUGCGGCAGAUCUCGAAAAAGGUGGACAUAAUUCUAAUAACGACCC